GCCCGGGGGCUCCGCAUGCUGCAGCUGCCCCCGGGCGCCCCCGCCGCCGCCCGCCGCGGAGCAGCGCGGAGCCCAGCCCGCGAGUUAACCCGAGCCAGCGGCCCGGAGCCAGCCGGCGGGCGUCCCGGAGGCGGCGGCGCAGGGAGGGGCCCGACGGCGCACGUGGCCCCGGCGGCCGCCAUGGCGGACAGCGGCCCCGCGGGGGGCGCGGCGUUGGCAGCCCCGGCCCCUGGGCCGGGCAGUGGUGGCCCAGGGCCCCGCGUCUACUUUCAGAGCCCCCCUGGGGCUGCAGGCGAGGGCCCAGGCGGCGCGGACGACGAGGGCCCAGUGAGGCGCCAAGGGAAGGUCACGGUCAAGUACGACCGCAAGGAGCUACGGAAGCGCCUCAACCUGGAGGAGUGGAUCUUGGAGCAGCUCACUCGCCUCUACGACUGCCAGGAAGAGGAAAUACCAGAGUUGGAGAUUGAUGUGGAUGAACUCCUGGACAUGGAAAGUGAUGAUACCCGGGCUGCCAGGGUCAAGGAGCUGCUGGUUGACUGUUACAAACCCACUGAGGCCUUCAUCUCUGGCCUGCUGGACAAGAUCCGGGGCAUGCAGAAGCUGAGCACACCCCAGAAGAAGUAAGGGUCCUCGACCCACAUGAAUGGUGGCUCCCACAGGACAAUCGCUGCCCCCUGACCUCGUAGCAACAGCAAUACCGGGGGGCCCUGCGGCCAGGCCUGGCGCCAUGAGCAGGGCUCCCCGUGCCCCUGGCCCAGGGGCCUCUUCCCUGCCCCCUCAGUUUUCCAUUUUGGGGUUUUUUAUUGUUAUUAAACUGAUGGGACUUUUUGUGUUUUUAUAUUGAUUCUGCGGCGCGGCCCUUUAAUAAAGCUAGGAUAUGCCUUUGGUGCA